GCCGGUGGCUCGAGCUCCCCCUUGCUUCGGGGUGCGCACCUACCUGAGGAAAGGGUUGGGGGUUAAAAGGCGAGAGAGGGAGGGACGCCUUGGGCUCGGUGAGGCGAUUUUGGGAAAGGGGAGUCGGCAAAGUUUGGGGCGGGCGUGUGUUGUCCAGGGAGAGCCUGGAGCAGGGGGGACGAGGCGGCUCUGUGGAGGCGCAGAUGGCUACCCAGGUGGAGGCUCUCCUGCCCGCGAACACCCUACUGCCCUCUGAGGAGCACGGGCUGGUUAUCAAGAAACCUCAGGAGAAAGGAGAACACCUCAUGCACCAAGGAGAGAAGGCCAACGCCGACGAGGGCAAGGGGGACGGCCCCGACAGCUGCAGCAAGGAAGGCAGCGGCAACGUGGGGGAGCAUCCGCGACGAAACGGGGCCCUCCUGAAGCCACCCAGCAUCAAGCAGCAGAAGGAGGACAGUAACAACCAGGAGAAGGAGAACCUGCUGCACCAGAGGAGCGGCGGCAUAGAAUCGAACCGGCUGCCCGGCGAGGCCAGCAGCGGCGGCGAGGAGGGCGGCGACCAGGGAGGAGUUGGGCGCCAGGAAUUCAUCGAGGCCCCCCCGCCCAAGGUGAACCCUUGGACUAAGAACGCCCCUGUGGCUUUGGUCACCCUCAACGGACAAUCUCCCCCAGAGCAUUCAGCCCCAGCCAAGGUGGUGAAAGCAGCAAAUCCAAGGCAACGUAAAGGAACCAAGGUUGGUGACUUUGGGGAUGCCACAAACUGGCCAACACCAGGAGAAAUAGCUCAUAAGAGUGUCCAGCAGCUGCCACACAAGCCUCAAUCUCUCCGGAAGCUCCCUAUUAAGAAAAACAUGAAAGAGCAAGAGAAGGGGGAAGGAAGCGAUGGCAAAGAGAAUAUGAAAACACGGUCAGAUGAAUCGGGGGAGGAGAAGAAUGGAGAUGAUGACAACCAGAAAUCAGCUCAGAAGAAGAAGGGCAGCAGACACAAAUGGGUCCCUCUGCAAAUAGACAUGAAGUCUGAGGUUCCAAGGGACAAAACAGCAUCUCGCAACAACAGACAGAAUGAGCAGCACCGGCAUCCUUCCAACAACCGAAGUGACUCAAAAGGUUGGCAUCUGGAUAACAAGCAUGAACGAAGUUGGCCUGACCAUGAUGAAACUUCAAGUAUCAAGAGUGAGGGGGCAACUGUGCGUGGUUCCUUCCGGGGAAGAGGCCGUGGUCGGGGCAGAGGGAGAGGGAGAGGAAGAGGAGGUACUCGGUCUCAUUUUGAUUAUCAGUACGGUUACCGAAAAUUUGAUGGCUCUGAUGGCUCACGCACUCAGAAGUACACCAGUAAUAUCACCUAUUACUUUGACAACAUCAGUAGCACUGAGCUCUACAGUGUUGACCAAGAGUUGCUCAAGGACUAUAUCAAACGCCAGAUAGAAUACUACUUCAGUGUUGACAACUUGGAACGAGAUUUUUUCUUGAGGCGGAAGAUGGACGCAGAAGGCUUUCUUCCCAUCACUCUCAUUGCCAGUUUCCAUCGGGUGCAAGCCUUGACUACAGAUGUUGGCCUUAUAAUUAAGGCACUGAAAGACAGCAAAGUGGUUGAGAUUGUGGACCAGAAGAUCAGGAGAAAAGAAGAACCAGAGAAGUGGCCUUUACCUGGCCCUCCCAUGACGGACUAUGCACAAACUGACUUCUCUCAGCUCAUCAACUGCCCAGAAUUUGUGCCCAGGCAAAGCUUCCAAAAGGAAACAGAAUCUGCUCCUGGGUCUCCCCGCUCUGCCAGUCCUGUGCCAACCAAGACUGAGGAAGUGAGUAACCUGAAGACAAUGCCCAAAGGCCUUUCUGCUAGCCUGCCAGACUUGGAUUCUGAGGCAUGGAUUGAAGUGAAGAAGAGACCUAGGCCUUCUCCAGUCAGACCCAAGAAACCAGAAGAAUCCAAAAUGCUGCUGAAGCAGAAGGACCAGGAUGAGCCUGAGGAGCUGGACUUCCUGUUUGAUGAGGAGAUGGAACAGAUAGAUGGCCGGAAAAACACCUUCACUGAUUGGUCAGAUGAGGACUCGGACUAUGAGAUUGAUGACAGGGACGUAAAUAAGAUUUUGAUUGUAACACAGACACCCCCUUACCUGCGCCGGCAUCCAGGCGGAGAUAGAACAGGCAACCACACUUCCAGGGCAAAAAUGAGCUCAGAGUUGGCCAAGGUGAUUAAUGACGGGCUGUACUACUAUGAACAGGACCUGUGGACAGAGCAAUUUGAGCCAGAGUACUCUCAGAUAAAGCAAGAAGUAGAGAACUUCAAGAAGGUGAAUAUGAUCAGCCGAGAGCAGUUUAACACCUUGACUCCUGAGCCUCCCAUUGAUCCAAAUCAGGAAGUCCCUCCUGGACCACCUAGGUUCCAGCAAGUUCCUACAGAUGCUCUGGCCAAUAAGCUCUUUGGCGUUCCAGAGCCUUCAACCAUUGCCCGAUCUUUGCCAACAACUGUGCCAGAAUCCCCAAACUACCGCAAUGCCAGGACUCCCCGUACUCCUCGCACACCUCAACUAAAAGACCCAACACAGACACCCCGAUUUUACCCAGUGGUUAAGGAAGGCAGAUUGAUAGAUGCCAAGACACCCCGGAAGAGGAAGACACGGCACAGUUCAAACCCUCCACUGGAAUGUCACGUUGGUUGGGUGAUGGAUUCCCGGGAGCAUAGGCCUCGAACUGCAUCCAUCAGUUCCAGCCCCUCAGAAGGCACCCCAGCCAUUGGCAGCUAUGGCUGCACCCCACAGUCGUUGCCCAAGUUCCAGCACCCCUCCCAUGAACUUCUCAAGGAGAAUGGCUUCACACAACAUGUCUACCACAAGUAUCGCCGGCGCUGCCUUAAUGAGCGAAAGAGAUUGGGCAUUGGCCAGUCCCAAGAGAUGAAUACUCUCUUCAGAUUCUGGUCAUUUUUCCUUCGUGAUCACUUUAACAAGAAAAUGUAUGAGGAGUUCAAGCAGUUGGCCUUGGAAGAUGCAAAAGAAGGAUACAGGUAUGGACUGGAGUGCCUUUUCAGAUAUUACAGCUAUGGAUUGGAGAAGAAAUUCCGACUUGACAUAUUUAAGGAUUUCCAGGAAGAAACUAUAAAAGAUUAUGAAGCUGGGCAGCUUUAUGGGCUUGAAAAGUUUUGGGCCUUCUUAAAAUAUUCCAAAGCCAAAAACUUGGACAUUGAUUGCAAACUGCAACAAUACCUCAGUAAAUUCCGACGCCUUGAAGACUUCAGAGUGGAUCCCCCUAUCGGGGAAGAAGGUAGUCACAAGAGGUACCCAGCGGCAUUGGGUGUAGAUGGAAGGAAGCGAUACCCAUCUCAGUCUUCCAGCAAACCUGUCAGCCAGACCACUUCCAGUCAAGUCUCUGUCUCAUCCAGUCAAGUCCCCACCUCAUCUAGCCAGACUGUGCAGGAGGAUGCCAAAAACCUGAGCCAGCCACAUGCAGUUUCUACAGCAACUGUGGAAACUCAAACAAUGGGGAAGUAGACACACCGGAACUUCCAAUGGAAAGGGGGCAGGGACACGCAAGGGAGUUAGAAGGUCGGUGUCGAAGACCAGGCUGCUUGCAGAAGGUGGGGACUACAACGCACACGAUUUCUCUUGGUGGCUGGAAAAACAAGAUGAUCCAAGCUGAAAGCAUCUUUUUCUUUGGUGUGAUUAAGUCACUGAUUGGAGCCAGAUCCUCACGUUUUUGUGUCUUAGCGCCUUUCUGGGGUAGGGUUGGGAAGGGGGAGAUUUUUAUAUAUAUAUAUAUCUAUAUCAAGUUUUAAAUUAUUGAUAGAAUUUUGUUUGGAUAAACCAAAACAGUUCUGCAUCAUGCAGCCACUCGAUCCAGCUCCCUUCCAUCCCACUGAUCAACUAUGCAGCCCACUUGAAAAGCUGGAGGUGGUGGGCUGAACAAUGUGGCUCCAUUUGGAAUUGGCAUUUGGCUUUCCAAGCCCACUAAGCACCUCUUGUUCAGGAUAUGACAAUGCACAAGGAGUCCCUUUGUCACCUUCGCAAGUAUCACUUCUGUUAUGGCUUCCUUCCAUGCUACUCACCUUCCAAUGCUCCAUCACUGACUGACUACUGGAAGUCAACCAAAGGACCCUAACUGAACGUGGGCCCACUUAGCAUUGGGCUCGCCCAGUUCCUUUUGUGUGAUGGGUAGAACAUAAACUCGCACAGUGUCUCCCCUCACAUAGGAAUGCUAUUCUCAUGAUGAGAUGAGACUUUGCUAAAAUAGCUUUCUCUACAAAACAAAACAAAACAAAAAUCACAAAAAACUUGUUUUAAAAAAAGUCUUUGUUGUUUUUUUGCUUCCUUCCUUGAAAAUAAUAAGUUGCCUUAUUGUGGAGUUGGGAAAUUGGAGGCAUCCCUGACUUCUCUGAGCAAAUUUGGAGCAUGGCAUCUGCUUGGGACUCAGCCAGGCUAUGAUCAUCUCUGCUGUUCCCUGUCCAGUGACUCUUGUCUGUAGUGGUUGGUGAACUCCCUGUGAUUGGCAUCAACUGGAACAGUACUGUUGAUAUGUAGGUGAAUGUUGGUUGAAACCUCCUAAACAGUUUACCUCUGAAGCAAGGGGGUACUGGAGCACUUCAGCCUAAGACUUCUGCUAUUGUGUAGUUGAUGCUGAUGUAAAUGUGUCAACUUUUCUAGUGUCCUUCCUGCUACAGCAACUACACAUGCUAUUGCCUCACUCAGACCUCCAGGUGCACUGCCAUUUUCCUCCCUCUCCCACCAGGGCAUGCCAGGCCAAGAAGUGGCCUGUUGAUCUCACAAAUUCUUCCUAUCCCAGGGUAGGCAGGCAGAUGUGCCAGGAAUAGGUAAUGCACAGAGAAGAUCCACAGGGACACAUCCUUGCUCUUUAAUAUCUUUGAUUGAAGAAUGUGUGUACAGAGAAAUGAGCUUUAACGCAAACAAGGUGGGAUUUUUGUGUGUGUGUGUGUUGGUUUCCAAAUCUGAGGUGGCUUGCUAAGUGUUAACUUUCCUAUGCAGGCCUUCCCUUUCUGUAGACUCUUGAUUACUGGUAUGCUUACCUGCCUGCCUGCCUUCCCUGGGUUGACCAUGUAGCCACGGAGGACCCAGCUGUGUUUAGACUCUACUCUAGCUGCCGACACCUUGACUGUCUUGCAUCAUGAAAUCACUUCAUGUAUUGGAACCAUGUCCACUCAUCCUGUGUCAUAGAACUUUAUACAAAGCACCAUGAUUGACUUAGCUGCUCUCGGGUUAACUGCUGGAACUAAGUCUGAGACUAUUCACAGUGUAUGCCGUCAUGGUACUUGAUAUCUAAAAGCAGCUGAUACUGGAGCUAUAGAAGUGAACUUCAGUGAAGAUGGAAGCAUAUGCGUACAGAGAACUUGUUUCUGACAGCUUGCGUUGCUGCAUUUUGUUAUAUCCCUAAUGUACUAUCCCUGUUUUGCAAGCCAGAGAUUUUAAUAGGGGAGGGAAGAUCUGAGAUUACAUGGUCAUUGUGCUACCCCAUCUUGUUCUGUGACUCUGAAGAGGGAUAAACGGUGGUGGCAGAAAGGGUACAAACCUUAUUUUAUGUGGUCUUCCACACCAUGGCUUGGCUUCAAACAGUCCUCUCCCUCCCUCCCUGAUAAUGCAUGAGCAGAAGGCGCUUCCAUGAUGCUGGAGGCUGAUUCCUUCCCAACUGCAGCCCCUCAGAUACUUAGCAAAACUGCUCUGGAGGAUCCUGCUACCAAUUUUUGAGGUGUGAAGACUACUGCCAGAAGGAUGAGGAGGAGCAAUCUUAUACCACUUUGGAUCCUAGACCAUUGUUGUGUGCAGGAAGAGAAGAGUUGUCUUCAGUACUCAACAUGCUGCAAAGAGUGUGGCCAAGAGGCUUGUGUUAGGCGGGAUAUUGUAUCCUCUGCAGUAUGGAGCAAAUGUUUCUUUAAGGAUGCAGGGGAUGUGAUGAUAGGCAGUUGGUUGAUUUUUAUCACUCCUCUUCCUAGCGUAUUGGUACUACAGAUGUAGAUAAUUGAGGAGACAGGGCUUACUAUGUAGAAGUCUGUUUUGUCAAGCUAAUAUUAAUUCCUUUUAGCUGUGUCAAGCAUGCUAGUAAUGGGAAUGGAGCAGUCUUGAGUGACCACGCGCUAACUCAUGACCUGUAGUUCUAGUUUUUGCUGCGUCAGUUGUGAUGCUGUAUUAUAUCAAACCCUCAGCCUGUCAUUGCGCUUACCAUAAAAAGGCAUGAGCAUUGCACUGUUCCACUGGGUGUGGCAGAGUCUCCACUGUGAGCUUUGCUGGGUGCAUUGCAACAGCAGAAACAUGCUAACAUGGAGUUGCUAACAUGGAGUUGACAGAACUUCUGCUGUUGGCUUUCAAUUCCUUUUGUGCUACAUGGUGAAUUUGGGCUCCUUAUGUUUGGCAGGAUUUCAAUUUGUAAGGACAGGAAAAUGGAUUGAGACCCUAACCUUGUAUCUUCACAAUUCAGUUAUGAAUAAGGCAAAAACAUGUAUUGAGGAACUGCUGCUUAUGAUACAGGAGUAUGUGUUCAGGCUUAAGAAAUAGUGAGAUUAACCAGCAUGUUUAAAGGUUUCCUCUUAGAAAGGAAAUAGUCUUUGUACUUUUAACCCAGUGGUGUAUAGUGCUGAAGUAUUGGGCUAGCAAUAGUUUGUAUUUCACCUGAGUGAUAACGCUGCUUGUCUCUGCUUGAUGAAGAACUAGGUGAACAGAAACAGUUAAUGGUGGUGCAGAAAAGGAUUUAUUAAGUGGUUUAGGAGAUCAGUUAAGGAAGCAGGGUUAGUUUAUGGGAAUGAAAGGAGGUUGGCACAGGGAUGUAAGAAUGGCAUAUUGAUUCUUUUGUGGAUGUCCCUGGAUGUGCCAUGAGCUUAAACCACAAAGUCCUUUCUUGCUUUGAAGAGAGAAGUUGAAGGUACUUGUUACCUGAAGGAAGUGUAGCCUCUUGUAGGCUUGAUUGGUCACUUCCCUGCAUCAUUUUGAGAUGACGAUGGCAGCGUGUCUUUGUAGGCACAGCUGUUAAUAUAUGCAUACAAUGCCUAGGCUGCCCAGUGCUAGAAGGUUACUGCAUUGAUCCUAUAAAGAUGGCAUUCAUUACCUUGCACUGUGAACAGGGAGUAAUUCUGUAGCUGAUGCUUUCUGCGUGGCUAUUAGUACAGUCAGUUUUCUCUCAUCCUGGCUCAAGUAUUCCCAACGCUUUGGGAAGAGAGCAGGGAUUCCCAAUAGUAACAAUUGUUUCAAUUUAUGUCUUGGUUUUUAAAAUGGACCAAGUUCAGUGAAUGUUGGUAUCCUAUGCUCUGAUACAUGCAGUGGUAGGUUCCUCCUGAAAGAGUUUCAGUUGCAUUGUGUUUGGGAAGCUACCAACUGUUUCCCAUUGUAUGAGGCUUCUGUUAAAGCAGAGAUACUGGCUGUUUUCCACUGGAAACUGAGCCAGCAUUCUUAUUAUAGAUAAGAGAUAUCUAAAAACAAGUUUUGUGUCAUCUGGGGUCGCUGAUGCCCUGACCUACUUUGGACAGGUCUUAAUGGGGUGAGGGUCUAAAAUCUGGUCUAGGAUUGGCAGUGAAAAUAACCCUUUUUAAGUUUUGGUGCUCUGUCUGCCCUAUCCCUCUUUGUUCCUUUCUGCUUCUUAUCCCACCUUUGCAGCUGUUUUGUUGCUUUGGUUCUAUACUUGCCCAUCUUGCUUCUGGUUGGCUAGUUGAAUGUACUGCUAACACAUGACACAGUAACCUCAGUACUCUGCCAUACAUUUUUAAUAGAGUAAUGGGAUGGGAACCAUCAUUCACACCUUGCUCAUUAUUUUAUUUUUGAUUCAGCAAAAACAAUCAAAUCUGUUAAUGCAGCAAACUCUGCCGUGCUGUUAUCUCUCCGCUUGGAUCCUCUUCUAAAACUUGGAUUUGUCAAUAACUUUUUAAAACUCAGCUAGGUUUUUAGAAGGGAUGGGUAGCUACAUUGUUAAAUGCCUCAGUUACUUUUUUAAAUCAAAUUUCAUAUAUGAGUGGUUUUAUGGGGGAGGGUGGGAAAUUUCAUCUCAAGAACAUGGGUUUGGACAAAGUGGUUUUUUAAAAAAUAAAUUCUAAGGAUAACAUUUCUGUUAGUUUACAUUUUAACUUUCUGAAGACACUUGAACAUAGGACCGAUGUAUCUGUGAUGAGGACACCCUAUGGUUGGAAGCAUUGAAAAGCUAUGGGCUUAACCAUUCCUGUGUGGUUUGACAGACUUUGUUCUUCCAAGUCUGGCCUUCUGUUGCCCUCCUUUUUGUUAAUUUCCUCAAUUAUAUUGUUCCUGUAUCUAUUUGUCCUCCCUCCCAGAAUAUAGAUCUUGGUACAACAGGGUGGCCUAGGUCACUGAUAUCCUUUGGAUAAGGGAUAUCAAUGCCCUUGGCAGAAGCUGUUGCCCACCAAAGCCAUCCUGCUGUAGUAUCAUUGUGUGGCUAUGGAACAGGAAUGGCUGAAUUCUCCUCUCAUCAUUGGAUUUGCCCCUGCAGUAGUGCACUACCAUUGUGGUUGAGAUUUCCAGCCUGUGAAACUGUGACUCAGAAAACACUGAGCUUUAAAUUGUGAGGGUUGGAGUUUCAUUAGUGUGAAGUCUGUAUUAAGCUGCUAAAAAUUUUAGGAUGAGCAAUCUGCAAAAGAUGCAAUGAUUGUUUUGUGUAGAUGUCUGAUGAUCACAGUAGAAAGGAACAUCUGUUUGUUUGGUUUGCGUGCUCUCCCUGAGCAGGUUUGUGUGUAUACGUACUCCAACCUUGCCCCUUCUGCUAAAGCAAAAUCCCAGAAGUGUUUAUAAUCACUUUCAGCUGUAUUUAUUCAUAAGAAAAUUUUAAACCAACUGUUACCAUAUAUCACCUUGGAGGAAAAGAUCUUGUUAAUAUGGCCCACCAUACACAAUCCCAUCUCCUGUUAAUAGUAUGUAUAUCUUAACCCAUGUGCUAGGAUCAUCAUCACAUUGGGGGGGGAGGGGGAAAAAAGAGGGGGGAAAUUGUAAAAUACUUGAAUGAGAGCCUGUAUUAUAAACAGUAAUAUUAUUCAGAGUAUCUGCUUUCUAGGCUGAUAUGACUCAUUAUUCUAGUAGUGCUUUAGUCCUUUGUAAUUUGUGGUAAUUAUGCUUUUUCCUUUUUAA